CAGUGCGAGCAGAUCGAGAAAUGCGUGAAGGCGCGGGAGCAGCUGGAGCUGUGUAACGAGCGGGUGGCCUCCCGCUCCCACACGGAGGAGCAGUGCACUGAGGAGCUCUUCGACUUCCUGCACGCCAGGGACCACUGUGUUGCUCACAAGCUUUUCAGUAAGCUGAAGUGAAGGGGGGCAUGGUUGUCCAUCUGCUUCCACAGCCGGUGCCAGCAGUUCCUGGAUCACAGUUCUGCUUCCUGCAGUCCAUCCUCUGUGCUGAGCAUGAAUGAAACGGCUUCCUGGCAGCCUGUCACUGCCUCUGUGCUCAUGGAAGAUGUGCAGCUGUGCAAAAACAAAUCAAACAACGUGUUGAUGUUCUGUAAUUGUCCAUAUUAAACAUUGAGAGUUCCUGUGGAA